AUGACGAUUGAGCCAUUCAUCUCCUUGGAUCUACCAAAGUCUAUCUUGACUAAGAAAGGAAAGAAUGAUGACACCAGACGAAAAGUAAAUGUGAUGCUUCUAAGUGGGCAGAAGCUGGAGCUGACCUGUGAUACCAAGACGAUAUGUAAAGAUGUCUUUGAUAUGGUUGUUGCCCAUAUUGGCUUGGUGGAGCAUCACUUGUUUGGAUUGGCUGCUUUAAGAGACAAUGAAUUUUUCUUCGUUGAUCCUGACAUAAAACUAAGUAAAGUAGCUCCAGAAGGAUGGAAAGAGGAACCGAAGAAGAAGAACAAGCCCCCUGUGAACUUCACUCUGUUUUUUCGCAUAAAGUUUUUUGUGGAUGAUGUCAGUCUUAUACAGCAUGCACUGACCUGUCACCAGUAUUAUCUACAGUUGCGGAAGGACAUCCUGGAAGACAGGAUGCACUGUGAUGAUGAGACAGCCUUAUUAUUAGCAUCUCUAGCUCUCCAAGCCGAGUAUGGAGAUUACCAGGCAGAGGUGCAUGGCAUGUCGUAUUUCAGACUAGAACACUACGUCCCGGCUAGAGUGAUGGAGAAACUAGAUCUGUCCUACAUCAAGGAAGAGCUGCCAAAAUUGCAUAGCGCUUACGUGGGUGCAUCUGAAAAAGAGACAGAGUUAGAAUUUUUGAAGUUAUGUCAGAGACUCACAGAAUAUGGGAUUCAUCUUCAUCAUGUGUUGCCUGAGAAGAGAUCUCAAACAGGUAUCCUUCUGGGAGUGUGCUCCAAAGGAGUUGUUAUUUUUGAAGUUCACAAUGGUGCACGCACACCUGUACUACGCUUCCCAUGGAGAGAGACAAAGAAAAUAUCCUUUAGUAAGAAGAAAAUAACUUUGCAGAACACAUCAGAUGGUAUCAAGCAUGCAUUUCAGACUGACAGUAGUAAGACUUGCCAGUACCUUUUGCAUCUCUGCUCGUCCCAGCAUAAGUUUCAACUACAGAUGAGAACCAGGCAGAGCAACCAAGACACUCAGGACAUUGAAAGGGCUUCCUUUAGGAGCCUAAACCUUCAUGCGAACUCUGUCAAAGGUUUCAACAUGGGACGAGCAAUCAGUACCGGUAGCCUGGCCAGCAGCACUUUGAACCGACUUGCCGUUCGACCACUGUCUGUGCAAGCAGAGAUUCUGAAGAGGCUGUCCUGCUCUGAGCUCUCACUCUUCCAGCCGCUUUCUGGCUCUUCAAAGGACAAGAAUGAGAAGUCUCAGUGGGAGGAAAGACCCAGGGUUAUGAGCAAGUCAUUUCAUGACCUGAGUCAGAGCCACAUCUCGGUUAACCCCCCAAGGAAAAAUAUUAUUACUGCUUUGGACUCUUCCCCCCAAAAAAUAGAAGACAUAAUGGGAAGAGUCUUUCAGCAAAUGCCAAAAUUUGAUACUGGAUCAGCAACAGGAGCAUUAAAACUGAGCAAUUCAAAAUCUCAUGCAGGUCUAAGUAGAAGCCCUGAAAGAAAGAAAAAUGAAUCAGACUCAUCAUCUAUUGAAGAUACCGGUCAAGCCUAUGUU